CUAUAGAGGUGCCAUGACCCUUAUGGCUAAGUUGUUCAAUUUCUAUUGAUUGAUGGAAACUCUAUUGUUUUCUAUAUAAAUGAACCCUUUUAGCAAACUACUUCAUGUUCUGUCUCUUCUCCUUAACAAUGUCUUUUGCAGGUCCUUCCUCCAUACAUGAUAUUCAAUACUAUGGUGAUCAUAUCUUCACAACCGUCACAGCAACAGCUGCUGUUGUCGAUGAAUGGAUAGCUAAUACAAUGCAUAUCCACAAGCGUAAACUGAACAAACUUCUCAUUGGCCUUGACACCGAAUGGUGUAUGCCUACUGAACCUCAUGGACACCAACAGGUUGCCAUCAUUCAACUCUGUGUGGGUAAAAGAUGCCUUAUAUUUCAACUUUACCAUGCAGAAAAUAUCCCACCAUCUUUGAUCCAAUUUCUUGGGAACAAGAAAUUCAAAUUUGUUGGUAAAGAGGUGCAUAAUGAUGCUGAUAAACUAUUUGAAGAUUAUGAACUGCAUGUGGCUCAUACAAAAGAUGUAGGUUACUGGGCGGCCAAUAAAUAUCACGACACAGUCUAUCGAGGGAUGGGAUUGAAGGCUUUAGUGCUUGAUUUGCUUCAGAAAGUGAUUCCCAAGCCAAAAAAAAUCACAAUGAGUGAAUGGAAUGCUAAGGAGCUUACAAUUGAACAGAUAGAGUACGCUUGUCUUGAUGCUUUUGUGUCCUUAGAACUUGGAAUUUUCUUGAGCAAACCUAGACGAGAAAUAAUUCAAUAUCUAGAGAACACAUCUCCGAAGAAAAUUGUAAAUCUUACUCUUGAAUCUGAUCAGACCACAGAUGAUUGCGAGCAACUAGAUGAGGAGCUUGACUUGCGGCAGAAUUUUGGGAAGUAUAAAGAAGAUGUGAGAAGGAUGAAACCGGCAAGGCAAUUGGUGAGCCAAACAAGUCGUAAAAAGAGUCCAAAGAUUAAGAAAAGGAUGAGCAAAAAGGCAAACUCCAGGCAGGAGCUGGUUGAUGAGAUGAAUGCAAUUUCACUUAUUAAUUGA